AUGCUCGAAACCCCGUCUACGGUAGCUACAGAGACUCCCAAUCAACAGCAACAGGACGAAGAGCACUGGAGACAGUUGCUACGGACAGCUACUGAAAAGAUUAUGCUACCGGAAACUCUUGAUUGGAUGGAUGAUGACAAUAUGAGCGACCGGCGGUAUAUGCAGCGAGCCAUUGAUGAUAUUGUAGGACAAUAUUCAAGGCCCCUUGAGGAUACCCUUACACCAUACCGGCUGUCUGUCAUUGAUCAGUUGCAAGAGUUCUGCGCUCUCCUGCGCCCUGAUGCUCAACUGACAACUGUCCCUCUUUGCGUAGCUUUAACGCAGUCGACACUUAACGGAAAACCAGAGGAGAUAACAACGGAGGUACGAAAACGAGCCUUCAAAGUCAUUGCCGAUCUAGUCAAAUUUCAUUCCUUCGGUGAUACUGAAGACCUUACGGCUGCUCGACAAAUGAUCUUUUCGGGCAUGACGGACAUGGAUAGAGGGGUCAGGAUAGUCGCCGGCCGAGCAUUGCAGAAUUUUAUUCUCUCCAUUACACAUAUGAAACGGGAUGCAUCUCGAGCUCUAGCAACGCUGUUUACUCAAUUGAACGAUUUGACGGAUGGCAUGAAGCUCCCUACCAAGGAUACAAUCAUCAUUAGUGUCGGUGCUUCAGGAAGGACAAGGGACAAAGAAGUUCUUGGUCAUGUACUCGUUUUCUUGCUUUCACAGUUAGGGAGGUCGAACCCAAUGCUCAAAGCAGAAGCGUCUAAUCAUAUCAUCUCUCUGACUAAGUAUCACAAGAAAACGACACCUUUUCCUUUGUUUAUUCCCUAUAUGGAUCGAAUUGCGCCGUAUCUCGUUCUCCGUAUCUGCUCGCAACCCAGUCUUUUGACGGAAGCCUGUCGAUUGAUGAUGGUUUCACCCCGGCAUUUGAUCCAACUUUCAUUGCGCUACACCCUUCCCGUCAUAUUCGCAAAAUGUGAUCAGAAACUAUUAGAGGAUAUCGCAAAGCAGUUGGAAUCAAAACCAGCCACUCUUUUGAUCAAUGAAUGUCAUCGGGUUCUCGCCCAUAUUUAUCUCUUGGGUCAAACAGAUCAAACCAACAAAGCCCUCACGUUCGUGACCGACAUUCUGAAGGCUGCCGCUCAAGCAGAUACAAUCGACAUCCAGAGUUUGGUGAAAGGAUUUGUCGUUCCUGUUCUCGCCGACUUGGUCAUUGUUUUGGGCGACGAGAAUGCGGACGUCGCAGCGAAGGCUGUUCCUGCUCUUAAGAGGGUGUCCAAGUCGUUGAUUCCUCCGAGUGUCGCGGGGCGAUCACAACCGAUACCAGAUAUCGGAGCCUUUCUCAAGCAGUAUAUGUUGGGCUUGAUUACGCAUAUCAACGAGAUGCUGCAAGAGGUGCAUGGGAAGAUUCCGAUGUCCAUGAAACAGAAGAUCCUCCGGAGUCUCGGUGCUGUAGUUUCUUUGAUCGGUUCUCCCAUAAGUACGGUUGCACCCCAGAUAAUGGCAACCUUCCAGACUAUGGUGAAUGUCGCCGAGUUAUCUGAAGUGACCCUCAGUAGUUGGCAAAAAUUCCUGGUGACGUUAGAUCCUAAAGAUGUCGGUUCUUACGUUGGGACAACGAGCGCAACUAUUACCACAUCUUGGCCCACGCUGACCUCCGCGAGUCGACACAUUGCCAUCAGCUCAUUGGAGUACAUGAUCAACGACAUAGGCAAUCAACUUGGCCAGUAUCUUGAUGACAUCGUAGAUCUAUCCGCUAUUCCCAAGCUGAAACCUCUUCAAGAUCGGCUGACCGUAAUACGAGGUAACUGGUCCCCGAAGGAGCAUCUCUGCAAAAUUUUGGCUCGCGCGCUGCCGGACAAUCAGACGAUGGCUGUUCAGACGCUUGUCGAGCUGAAGGCGUUCAUGCUUUCGGAGAACCAAACUCUUAUUCGGGAACUGGCGUCUGGCGACACAUUUGAUCCUAUGGUCGGCCAGAUUCUGACAACUUUGCUUUCCGCCGCUUGUCGCGACGGAGAUGGCGCUGAGGCAAUACGCUCUCUCGCGUUCGAAUGCAUAGGUAUUUUGGGAGCUGUAGAUCCUGACAGAUGCGAGAUCGCUGUCAAUGAUACUAGAAUGAUCGUCCUCAGCAAUUACACCGACGACGACGAAUCCGUUAUGUUUGCUUUACACCUGAUCACUGAUCUACUUGUUGGCGCGUUCCGUUCCACCAGCGAUAUCAAAUAUCAGGGACAUCUGGCCUACAGUAUUCAGGAACUUUUGCGGUUUUGCAGGUUUACGCCAUCCCUUGUCUCCGCGGGCAAUCAAUCUGUACCAAUGAAAGUUCGAACAAAGUGGAACAAUCUGCCUAAGCAUGUUCUCGAAACCGUCACCCCACUAUUAGAGGCUCGUUUCACCUUGCAAGAAGUCCCCACACCAGAAUUUCGGCACCCUAUCUAUAACGAUCAACCAACUUAUCGUGAAUGGAUCCAACUUUGGACCACGUAUCUUAUCACUCGGGCUUCGGGUCCCGUUGCGAAGACCAUAUUUGGCGUUUUCAGACCUGCAGUGCGCAACAAGGACGUAGUUGUUGCCCACCAUCUCCUUCCGCAUUUGGUUCUCAAUGUCCUAGUUUCAAGCGACGAGGUUGGAUGCGAGAAUAUACGCGCAGAGUUAAUUGCUGUUUUACAAGACCAAGUUAACCCGCAGAGUACUUCCUCAGCCGAUAAGAGAUUGCUCAGUGCACAAGCUGUUUUUAUGCUCCUGGAUCAUCUAAAUAAGUGGGUUCGGAGGGUUCGGCAUGACAUGGGAACGAAGAAAGGCGAAACGAAACGCUCCCGCGGAGUUACCGUCGGAACAGAUGAACAACUGUCACAAGUCGAUUCUAUCUUGACUAGCAUCGACCAAAGUCUAAUGGCCAGAGCGGCUUUUCAAUGCAGAGCUUAUGCACGUUCUCUGAUGAGCUUCGAACGUCAAAUUGUUACUCUCCGAGAACGUUCAUUGAAUCAUCAUGACCUGCCCGUCUACUAUGACAGGCUUCACGAAAUCUACGCGCACCUAGACGAGCCAGAUGGCAUGGAAGGCGUGUCUACGUUGAUCUUGUCGCCGUCCCUGGAACAUCAAAUUCGACAGCACGAAAGCACGGGUAGAUGGACUGCCGCUCAGAGUUGCUGGGAACUUCGUCUUCAACAGUCUCCAGAUAACGUAGACUUUCAUCUCGGUCUUUUGCGUUGCCUACGGAAUCUAGGACAUUAUGAUACGCUGCGUACUCAUGUCCUUGGAGUCCUUACUCGCAACCCUGCGUGCGCUUCUGCUCUCGCAGGCUUUCAAGUCGAAAGUGCAUGGAUGGUUGGCGAUUGGGCUGAUGUUCAAAACAUUGUCAGUCAUAGUACACAGCAAAAUCCUGAGCUCGUACUCGCGAGAGUUCUACUUGCAAUCAGAAGUGGGGACAACGUUGCCAUAAACGAAACUUUAUCUGCGGCUCGUUCCGUCCUAGGAGCUCCAAUUGCAGCCGCAGGGGCGAAAGGCUAUAAGCGAUCAUACGAGAAUGUCCUCAGUCUACAUCUACUGUAUGAGCUUGGAUCUGUGCACAGUAUUAUGGGACAAGCAGUUGCUGGGUCCUUACGGCAAUCACAGACAAAGAAUGCGCUGGCCGAACUAUCUGAUUUGUUCUCAGCUAGAUUGGAAUCGACAUUUCCGACGUUUCGCACUCGUGAACCCAUCCUCAGCAUGAGGAGGACUGCCUUUCGUUUGUUCCCAGAGUCCAUCGAAGCGACACGCGAAAUCCACCGAACGUGGCUGGCUAGUGCAAAGUUUGCUAGGAAAGCGUGCCAAUGGCAAACUGCUUUUAGCGCUAUGCUUCAGGCGAAACAGGGAAAGACUAAAGACUAUUUCAUGCAAAGCGCCAAACUGACGAAGGCGAACGGAGAACCAUUAGCAGCACUGCAUGAACUGGAAAGUUCUAUGAAGCUGCUAAGCUUGAUGGAUGAUGAUUCGCAAGUCCUGGAUCUAACGGGAAACGACGAUGAAGAGACCAACAUUAUCAAGGCGAAGGCCCGCCUUUUACGAGCACGCUGGAUGAACGAGUCGGAACGUUAUGAAGCAGCAUCCAUUCUUAACAUGUUUAGGGGGGCUGCGAAUCUAUCUUCAACAUGGGAGAAUGCGCAUUUCUACCUCGGACAAUUCCAAGAUGACAGCUACAAAAACCUGACGCGAGAAGACCAGAGGACUCGGGGAUUGAAAAUGAAUGUAAACACCGUCCGCUCUUAUGCGUCGGCCAUGAAAUACGGCUCCAAAUAUGUGUAUCAGACUGUUCCUCGUCUAUUGACACUUUGGCUGGAUCUAGGUGACGACAAGAGCUUGAGGAAGACAGAGUACUUCAAAACGAUCAGUGAUAUUAUCAAGGUUGCUACCGACCAAACACCAGUGUACCAGUGGUACACUGCCUUCCCUCAAAUCGUUUCUAGGAUCGGACAUACGAAUGAGGGAGUUUUAACGCUACUCUCGAACCUCAUAUCGAAAGUCUUGGAAGAGUACCCCCAACAAGCACUCUGGCAAUUCAUCUCGGUAACGAAAUCCAAGAAGACCGAGAGGGAGCAGAGAGGCAAAACUAUUGUGGAUAAAAUUCGGAGCAAACCUAGCACUCAUCGUCGCGUCUGUGACCUGAUCACCCAGUGUGUCGCCAUGACAGACGAACUUCUUGCUUUAUGUGAAUACCCCAUUGACGACACUUCCCGAAAAUCGUUGAGCAUGAGUCGAACGUUUCCGAACCUGGUUAGGCUUGGACGUUCUGAUUUGAUUAUACCUCUGCAAGAGUCUUUGACAGCUAAUAUACCCCCGGUGUCGAUCAAUAUUUCCGACUUCAAUCCUUUUCCUGUAGAUGCACCUACGUUCACAGAGUUCUAUGACGACAUUGAGGUCAUGUCCUCUUUGGCCAGACCGCGGAAGAUAACCAUCCGCGGUAGCAACGGUCAGAUUUACAUGUUUCUCGGGAAGCCGAAAGACGACCUGCGGAAGGAUGCCCGUCUUAUGGACUUCAACGCCAUUAUCAACAAGCUCCUCAAGGCUAAUUCGGAAUCCCGACGGAGGCAGCUUCAUAUUCGAACGUAUGGGGUUGUGACGCUAAAUGAAGAGUGUGGAUUCAUUCAAUGGGUGCCUAAUACGAUUCCCAUGCGGCCAAUUCUUAUCAAGGCAUACGAGGCGAGACGAAUCAGGAGUUGGCCCUCUGACAUCAACGAAAUUGCCGCUAAAAUUAAGGCUGCCACGGACAAAGAAGCCGUAGAGAUAUUCAAGGCGAAGAUUUUGAGGCACUAUCCGCCUGUCUUCCAUGAGUGGUUUAUCGAAACAUUCCCUGAACCCUCGGCGUGGCUCACAAGCCGUCUCACGUACGGGCGCACCGCAGCUGUGAUGUCGAUGGUUGGCUUUAUUUUAGGAUUGGGCGAUCGGCACUUGGAGAACAUCUUGAUGGACAUCAACACAGGAGAUGUCGUACACGUCGACUUCAACUGUCUCUUUGAGAAGGGCAAAAAGCUCGAAACACCAGAAAGGGUGCCCUUCAGACUUACCCAGAAUAUGCUGGAUGGUCUUGGCGUCACUGGAGUAGAAGGCGUUUUCCGUGCUGCGUGCGAUGUAACGCUUGGCUUACUACGAGACAACAAGGAUUCACUGAUGACUGUCCUUGAUGCGUUCAUCCAUGAUCCACUUGUUGAAUGGGAAGACGAGAAACGCAAGAGGGAACGCAGUAAAACCCGGAACCAAGUAAAGGGACAAGUCAACCUUCGUGAUCUGGCCCAGGGUGCGCUUGGCCUCAUCGAGAGGAAGCUUCGUGGGGUAUACUCAACGAGUAAAGAGAAACCGGCACAUCAGAAAGAGAUUUCGACGAGUAAUCUUGUUCAGAUGAUUAUACAGGAGGCUACAGAUGAAGCGAAUUUAGCGAAAAUGUAUCAAGGUUGGUGCUCAUGGCAAUGA